ACUCGAGCCAAUAAAUAAAAGAAAAAUGCGCGGAAUUAUUAAAAAUCAUUUGUUUACAUUUUCCUAUUGAUUUCAGUGUCAGAUAAAUAGAAAACUUUUGGGCGCUCUUUUAUAUCUUUUGCCUGAUAUACAUAUUAUAAAAUAAAAAUGGAAAAUGAAGAGAAUGUUCUUGGAUUCAUGGAACUAACAAAUUUAAACUCUAUUGAGGAAGCACAAAGAUAUCUCACAGCAGCUGGAAAUAACUUGGAAUUGGCUAUACAAAACUACUACGAUGCAAAUCAGAGUUUUUUUCCUCAAGAAUUUCAAGAACCUGAAGUUCCUGUAAAUUUUGCUCAACAAAAUAUUGAACCGGAAGAAGAAGAAGUAAGACCGGCAUUGCCAAGAGAAUACAGUCAGAUAGUUGAAGAGGAAAGUAUCAGACAUGUACAAUUGAAUCGAGUUAAGCGACAAUUUUCAAGUAGUUUUCGUGACUUGAAGAAAGAAACAGAGAUACAGGAAAAUCUUGCAAGCGGAAUUGCGUCUAAGAAGAAAUGCAUUGAAGAUCUAUAUCGUAAUCCAAUUGAUAUAACUUUCAAUUUAGAUCUUCCAACUGCAAAGCUUGUAGGACAAAAGCAAGGAAAAUGGAUAAUUCUCUUAAUAAAUGAUGAAAGCUUUCAGAGUUUCUGCUUCAAUCGAGAUAUUUUCAAUACGGACGACAGAAUUAAGUCAAUCAUUAAAAAAAAUUUCAUUCUACUUCGAAAAAAUUCUGGUUGUGAUGAAAGCUUAAGAAUUAUGCGCAAUUAUAAUUUGAUUGAUCACACCAUUCCCAUUUUUUUGGUCAUUGAUAGUCUCACUGGUGAAUUAAAAAAGAAUUUCGGUGACACGAAAAAUGUGACAUUUAAAGAGAUAAAAAAGGAGCUUAAAAAGUAUUCAACGUCUUCUGAAAAUCAACUUCAAUAUAAUUCUGACGCAGCUGUAGAUUCGGAUGAGGAUGAAAGUUUUCCAAGUUUGCAGUUUCCUUCCUACUCAUCGUCAUCAUCAUCUUCAUCAAAUAAAAAAGUCACUUUUACCUCAACAUCAUCCAGCAAACCUCAGACACAAACGAAGCCUUUAAAAGAAGAUUCCGAUUCAGAAGAGAGUUUUGCGUCGUUGAAUUCAGAUGAUGUCAACAGUGACAACGAGGAAGCUAAAGUUCUUGAUUCUGAUGACAAACUUUUAAACAAUGAAACAGAAACUCAAACGAAUAUUAUGUUAAAACUUCAAGAUAGCAGUCUCAACUUCAAAUAUCCAUCGAAGAGAACUGUUCGACAUCUCAUUAAUUAUAUUUACAGAAACUAUCUGGUUCAGACAGGAAUCUACGACGAUCCAAGAAAACGUUUUGUGUUGUUAUCCAAAGUUCACAACAAAUGCAUAACAUCUCUCGAUCAAUCAUUAAAUUUGGAAGAAUCAAACAUUCAUCCAUCAUGCGUUCUUUUGCACAACACAAUCGGUAAAGAAUAAUUAAAACAUUUAAUCUAACUGAGCUUAAAAGAAGAUUUUUUUAUUCAGAAAUUCUCCAUUUAUCAUGUACAUAAGAUAUUUUUUUAAAUGUUCAAACAUCAAAGCUCGAUAAAAGAAAUAAAAAUUUGUUUUGAUGCAUCAAUUAAUGAUAAAUCAUGAGAAGAAAAGUUAAAUGUUAAUUGAUG